AUGAGCAAUCAUACUCAGUACGAUCAAGUGGCCAUUAGGUUCUUAAGCUGCAUAGAUCUGAAAGACAUGCCAAAAACAGAGCAGCAAAGAGGGCUUUUAAUAUUGUUUUAUUUAGCAGCUGUAAUAGACGAGGGUGUAUACAAUUUUGGUGAGCUCAUUGCCCAUGAUAUCUUGACAACCUUGAAGGGCACAUAUAAAGAAUGGCUGGUUGAUCUUCUGUAUGCCUUUAACAGCGGAGAUAUUGACAACAUCAUAGGACUGAAGGAUAAAUGGUCUACUCAGCCGGAUAUGAAAAUCAAUGAACUUGUAACUAGGAACAAGAUCAAUCUGUUAUGUUUGAUGGAGAUGACAUUCCAAAGGCCAGCAACAGAUACACAACGGACAUUUGAUAGUAUUGCACAGACUGUCAAAAUUAACACAGAUCUGGUUGAGCUGUUAGUCAUGAAAGCUGUGAGGCUUGGGUUAGUGAGAGAAUCAAUUGACGAAAUAGAACAGAAAUGUCACAUGACAUGGGUACAGCCUAAAGGAUCGCAAACAGAUUUCCGGCAUGCAGACUCGCCUUGA